GUUACUGUAACCACCUUCACCGCCUUUGCGGAAAUAUACCAAAAUUUUGAGCCAAUCACAACGGCAAACGUGCAUGCCGCUGUAAGGUGCAUGCCUCUGUAUCAAUUCUGCAUGCCUCUAUAUCAAUUCCCAUUUCAAAUAUGUAGUAAUCAUCCCCCAGGUGUGCUUGGCUCAGUCUACUCACUCUUCUUUUAGUUCCUUCUACCUUCAUCCCGCACUCUCCUAUCUGUCUCCUGAGCCUAAUGAGCGUCGGAGACAAGCCCACUUCUCACGAUGCGGAUCGCCUCUGUUCUUCUUUAUAGCCUCCUCUAUUGGAAAUGCACCGGAUCGACCGUCUUCCGCCGACCACCAGGCGCCGGUCCCACUGGAGACUUCCGGGACAACCCCCAGUAUGCACUGGGCGAAAUGGUAGACCUCCAAUGGGGCACUGAUGACUCGCCCAUUGACUUGUUCAUCAUCCAAGCGUCCCCUGAGAGAGACCCAGUUGCCACCUUAUUCUUGGACGAACAUAGGCCGCAAGGCUGGACGUGGCGCGUCAGCUUCAAUGGCUUUCCUGACUGGCACGACCCGAAUCUGAGCAACGCGUACUACCUACGCAUCCUGCCCGCCGGACAGACCGAUCCGGGCACCACGUGCCACUAUUUCAACAUUACCGGCAGCGCUGCGUCGUCGCCCUCAUCAUCGCUGUCGCCUUCGUCCUCGACAUUGUCGUCCGUUUCGUCCCCGACGAGAGCAUCCAGCGCAACGAGCACGCCAAAGCCGGGCGGUGAUGAGCUAUCAGGAGGCGCGGUGGCUGGUAUUGCGAUCGGAGCGACGGCCGGGACCCUCGUUGUAGUGGGGAUAGCGGGAUUCCUGUUCUGGAGGCGGUGGAAGAAUAACAAGAAGGGAAGAGGCGAAGAAGCAGCCGCAGCUACUACCGCGAGCGAUACAAACGAGAUAAAUCUCUACAAGAGAGACACAUCCGUACCGUCGCGGGAGUUAUAUGGCGAGAGUGCUCGACCCUUCGAAGCGGAGGGUUCGGAACCGAGCGACAUGAGGUUUGAGAUGUCGGGCGACUCGGUCACACGGAGUGAAAGCGUGGGGUUUCAUCAGGCAGCUGGACGUGGUCGCUAUUGAUGCCUAGAUAGAUUCUGAGACAUAAUGGUAAAGUCUGCCGCCUUUCGGUGUGAGGGACAACGUUGUUGACGUGAAGGACAGACAUAUGGACAUCAUCUGUUUUGGAUUGACCACCACGAGCCUAGGAAUUUGAAGAGGUCUACGAAGUUUGAGUAGAGUCCUUCCUACCUGGUGAUGAGGAAAGGAAGCGAACGUUAGAUAAUCAUAUGACAAGCGACACUAGUGACAGGCGUUUUCUUGAAUUUGAUAUCCGGAGCGUAAGGCAGACUUUUCGAGACAGAAAUGCAAUGUCUCUGAGCUUCAC